AUGAUUUUGUCCUUUAUCUGUCACUCGCCGGUUUUAGCCUCGUCGUCGUCAUCGACCGGCGACUCGAGCAGUCAGCCAGGCUAUCUUCCCGACUACCAGGGCGACCAGUACACAAAUCCUCAGCGUAUCGCCGAAACACAGGCUCUCAACAAGGCUUUCUUCGACACGAUCGGCGGACCGCCUUCACCGCCGCCUAAGACUCCAGCUCAGCAAGGGAUGGGCGGCAGUGGAAAUGGUGCUCAGAGCAACGGUCAGCAGUACUCCGGCUCGCAGUACGGCUCGAGCAGCUCUCAGCAAUACUCUAGCACCAGUUCGGCUCAGUACAAUCCAUCAGCUCAGCAGUAUCAGCAGACCAGCAGCUCAGCAAACCAGCAGUAUCAGUCUCCUAGCACUUCGAUGCAGUACGGAAACACUCCUCAGUACAGUCCCAUGGCCAACCAACAGUACGGCGGUUCCUCGCAGUACUCUAAUGGUCCCCAGUACAAUCCAUCUUCGCAACAGAGUCCUAACUGCAACUGCGGCGGACGCAAGCGACGGUCAGCGCCGGUUCGAGCUCCAAAGAAUCGCCUUUUGAGAUUUUAGGCGAAAAGAGAGUUAGACUUUUAGAAAUCAAUCCAUAUAAUGGUUAUACUUUCGAGUCUAUCUUUGCUAGCAUCAAAAUUCAGUCAACGUUGAGAAAAUUAAAAUUUCCAGAAGUUAUUUUAUGGUUUCCCAAACAGAAACAUCUUCCUAAAAAGCUUUAAAAUGAUGUGAACUGGAAAAAAAAAACGUUCAAAAAACUAUUCCAACUGCCUAUCACCGUCACCCUCUGUACAUAUAAAUACGUCCGGCUGUUCGAUUAAUCUUGUAAUUUCAUAUUUUGAGAAUCCCUACGAGUUAAUUCGUGCCUUCCCCGAGAAAUUUCCCUUGAGAUCCAAUUAAUAAAAUGUUUGACGUCAGUUUAACACACACACUCACGCAUGAUAUGAAGUAAACGAGCAAUUGCAAUUGAAAACAAUUCGAAUACGGAAAUAAAAAGUUGAGUUGAUAAACUGCAACAAUCGUUGGAUAUUUCUGAAUGAGAAUUUCAACAAGUUCUUGAAAAUAAAAAAUUUGAAUUUCAACAAAGAAAACGUAUAGAGAAAAAUCUUACAUUACCAAAUAUAUUCAAAAAUGAUUCCUAGAGUGUCAGAAGACUUAGAAGUCGACUUAGCUUCAAUUAGGAGUGAAAAAAGCAGUUCGAAGUCUAUUUUUUUUUUCAUGAAUGCGUCUUCAAGUACUCCAAAAAUUGAACUUUUUAAACAGGCUAUGGUGCCUUUCUCGUUAUUAAUGUAGCAUAAAACAAAAAUCUACUUUUGGUUAAUUUAGGAACGACGUACAGUCCUUCGUCGAGCUACGGUUACAAUACUCCUUACUACAGCCCGUCGAGUAGCUCUUCGGCUUCUAACUAUGACGGUUUCUCUUCCACGCCCUGUAGCACUUGCAACGGCUACAACAACGGCAAUGUCGGCACACGAGCCAUGUUCGACGCAGGAAACCCAAACUCGCCUUAUUACUACCAGCAAAAGCCAUCAACGCAGUUCUUCGAUCCGAUUCUCGCCACCAACGCUGGCUUUCCGCAAAACUCUGCUUUCCAGCGCGAACAGCAGCUGAGCACAACUGCCGCGCCUUUUCCGUCCAACUCUCCUUCGAGCAUGACCUACACUCAGUUCGUCUACAGUAGCUCUUCUUCCAUGUAUCCUAACUCGGGGUCGAGCUCUACGAUGAGUCCCUACACUUCGACUUCCGGCCCAAAUGCCAACUACAUGCCUUCAACAACGUCUUCGCCAUAUCAGUACGACGACAGCGUCUCUGUUUCUCCAUAUUCGAACAAUGGGAUUUAUGGAAACUCGUUCAACCCCUCUUCCAGCUCCUCCACAUCCUGUUGUUCUCAAUACUCUUCCACGUGUUGCUACCAAACUGCUCAAGGAUACGGGUCUUCUUCUCAACUUUUCUACAAUCCAUCCAUGAAUUCAAAUUCCAACACCUACAGCAGAGCGUACGGCAAAUGA